UGUCGGCACGCGGUCGACGGCAGCAGUAUCGCGCGCGCCGACCACCAUGGACCACCGCGUCACGUCGACCAUCGCAUUCGUUGCCGCAGCCGUCACGAUCGUCUCGCAAAUGUCGUCAGUUUUAUCGAUGUUGGAACCCCAGUUCGCUGAGCCUAUUCCGAACGUUACGAUACCCGUGGGAAGAGACGUUUCGCUGCCUUGUGUCGUCAGCAAUUUGGGAAAUUACAAAGUCGCCUGGAUUCACAUUGACCGUAAGAUGAUACUCGCGGUGCACAAACACGUGAUUGCCCGAAUGCCAAGGUUUACCAUGUCACACGAUGGCCAGAAGACGUGGUCGUUGCACAUAAAUGGCGUGAGGCCGUCGGACAAGGGCGUCUACAUGUGCCAAGUGAAUACUGACCCCAUGAUCAGUCAGAUCGGUUACCUGCGAGUGGUUGUGCCGCCGAACAUAGUUGACGACGAGAGUUCCGCUUCGACUGUAGCAGUGCGGGAGGGACUCAACAUAUCCCUGACAUGCAAAGCUAAAGGUAAUCCAGAACCAAAAAUCGUGUGGAAAAGAGAAAACGCGUUAAAAAUAACAGUUGACAGAAGGAAAAAAGUGGAAAAGCAACAUGGUAAUGUGCUGAACCUAACCAGGGUCAGUAGAUCUGACAUGGGAUCGUAUUUGUGCAUCGCUUCUAAUGGCGUACCUCCAUCGGUCAGCAAGCGAAUCGUUCUCGACGUCGAGUUUUCUCCGACGUUGGCAGUGCCAAACCAACUGGUUGGCGCUCCGCUGGGCACGGACGUCACCAUCGACUGUCAGACCGAAGCGUAUCCUCGGCCGAUAAGCUUCUGGAUGUUCCACGAGUCUCGGACGAUGAUAUUCUCCGGGUCCAAGCACCAUCUGGCUGUCAAUGAGGACGGAUACAAGGCGCACAUGUUGCUCACCAUCCGGUCCCUGAGUCCCGAAGACUACGGCAGCUAUAAAUGUGUGACGAAGAACUCGUUGGGCGAAGCCGAAGGUUCCAUGAGAAUUUACGAAAUUCCUAGGCCAUCUCAGAACCCGAAAAGUACGUUGGAAUUACUGAACAGAGCCACGCAUAACGGCCUAAACAAAGAAUAUUUGUUCCUAUUGCUGUUCUCGUACAUUUUGACACCUUGGCCAUUUACAUGACUUCAUCGAGCUAUUAACGUCGAAACAUUAUCUGUCUUUCAUUUGACGUGUGAUAAAUUUUCAUAAUUAUAUGUACAUACAAAAUGGCACAAUUAGUUUUACUUGUGUGUUAGGUAAUAAUUUCAAAAAUAAAAUGUUUAGUAACUAGCAAAUAAAAA